GUGGUUUUGGCAGUUCAAUGAUGACUUUUGACUCUUUUAAGACUUUUCUUUCAUGCCACACUUCUGCAUCGGAGCAAGAAGUGUGUUGUGAUCGUCGUGGAUUUUGUGUAAGACGAUCGUUCUAUUAGUUAUUAAAAACCUUUGAAAUUGUUAUUUAAAAUAAUGUGUUAGUGUAAAUAGUUUCAAGCAAACAUUUUAAAAAAUUAGUGCGUAUGUUUUUAUCGUAAUCGAUUUGUUUAGUUGAUAAUUUCUACAAUGAUAAAGAUGGAAACUGAUAAAAUCGAGGAAGCAACGACCAACAACACUCAGUUCCAAAUGACGAUUCUGCCACCGCCGCCGUACGACACGGCAAGGAAGAAAGAGCCCUCACCAACAUUCAACACGGAGAGAGAAUCAUGUCUGAAAUAUUUCGAGAAAUGGAGCGAAUCGGAUCAAGUGGAAUUUGUGGAGAAUCUGCUGGCUAGGAUGUGCCACUAUCAACACGGACACAUCAACUCCUAUCUCAAGCCCAUGUUGCAGAGAGACUUUAUUUCCUUAUUGCCAAAGAAAGGCCUCGAUCAUGUGGCGGAAAACAUACUUUCAUAUUUGGACGCCGACAGUCUCAGAAAUGCCGAAUUAGUUUGUAAGGAAUGGUUCAGAGUGAUCUCCGAGGGUAUGCUGUGGAAAAAACUGAUAGAAAGAAAAGUGAGAACGGAUUCCCUUUGGAGGGGCUUGGCGGAGCGACGAAUGUGGAUCCAGUUCCUGUUCAAACCAAGACCAGGCGAGAACCAUCGUCCUCACGGUUUCUACCGUUCCUUGUACCCCAAAAUAAUCCGAGACAUCGACAGCAUCGAAUCGAAUUGGAGGAACGGCAAGCACAUUCUCCAACGCAUCAAUUGCAGAUCAGAGAACAGUAAAGGAGUGUACUGUCUGCAAUACGAUGAUCAGAAGAUCGUGUCCGGUUUGAGGGACAAUACCAUAAAGAUAUGGGAUAGGAGUACCUUGCAGUGUACUAAGGUGCUGAUUGGUCAUACCGGGAGCGUGUUGUGUUUGCAGUACGAUGAUAAGGUGAUAAUUAGUGGAUCUAGCGAUGCUACAGUAAGGGUGUGGAAUGUGAACACAGGUGAAAUGGUAAAUACGUUGAUACAUCAUUGUGAAGCCGUCCUCCAUCUUAGGUUCAAUAAUGGGAUGAUGGUUACUUGUUCUAAGGACCGUUCGAUUGCCGUUUGGGACAUGACGUCGCAAACGGAAAUAACAUUGCGUAGGGUGCUGGUGGGUCACAGGGCGGCAGUGAACGUUGUCGACUUCGACGAGAAGUACAUAGUGUCCGCGUCCGGCGACCGGACUAUAAAAGUGUGGAACACAUCCAAUUGUGAAUUCGUGCGAACUUUAAAUGGACAUAAACGGGGCAUCGCCUGUUUGCAAUAUAGGGAUAGGUUAGUGGUUAGCGGCAGUUCUGACAAUACCAUAAGAUUAUGGGAUAUAGAAUGCGGCGCUUGUCUGAGGGUACUCGAAGGUCACGAAGAAUUAGUUAGGUGUAUAAGGUUCGAUUCCAAACGCAUCGUCAGCGGCGCUUACGAUGGCAAAAUUAAAGUUUGGGAUCUGCUGGCGGCGUUGGACCCCAGGGCGCCGACGAGUUCAUUGUGUCUGCGAACGCUGGUGGAACACACUGGACGCGUGUUUCGACUGCAGUUUGACGAAUUCCAGAUAGUCAGUAGUUCGCAUGACGACACCAUUCUCAUCUGGGACUUUCUAAAUUCCGUACCAGAGCCCAAACCCGCCUCGAAAACUAGCGAACCAAGAUCUCCAUCACCAGAAUCAUCUGUCAGUCCACAACCUGGAACGCCUCGCGGCAGGAGAGUAAAUAAAUUUAACAUCCCAGAAGCUAGUCUCACAUUUGACCUCUCACGCGACUAACCGGACAAUAUACAUAGAAAUAUGUUAAUUUUCAACAAUGAUCUGGCUUUUUCUUACGAGUGAAUCUUCAAAAAACUUUGUUAACUAUGGUUGUAUAGACAAAUGAAUUUAUAUUUAUUCGAGAUAAUGUUCAGGUGUGUCUCAAGGUGGGGCAUCUAUUUGAGAAAAUAUGAUUGCAAUACGUAAAUCGGAAUCGAUAGAAUGUGUGUGUAUGUAUAUGAAUAAAGCUGUUUGUCAAAACGCAAAAAUGAUGUACAUAUUUCUGUUGAAAAUACCCCGAUAUAUUUUGAUUAUUUUUUUAUUCAUACUACGAAUCUUCGUUUUAUUCAGGAAUUUAAAUUAAAGGGUUAUAACACAAGGGACAUUGCAUGUACACAGAUAUUCAUUAAAAAAACAACUUAAGAAUUAAUUUAGAUCUAGUUCAAACUUAUAUUAAAUUAGACGCGAAAUCAGGAAAACGUUACAAAAGAAAUAUUAUGUCAUUUGAGUAAUUUUGUUAACUACAUUUAUAUCUUUUUUAAUAUAAACAUAAAAAUUUCAGAUUAUUUUUAUUAUGUAUUCAAUAAUGUAUAAUUAUUUGUAGGCUUAUGUAUAUUUAAAAUAAUUUAUUUUUUGAAACAUUAAAACAUUUUUUUUUAA